AUGACACGUGACUUGAAGGCAGAACUGAUUACAUCGCAAUCACUUCUUCAAAAAUCUGUCGACGCCUGCAGAAGAUUUGCUGCUUCUUACAUCGGGGAUAUGGAACAAAUAUGGUCAAUUGUACUGAAACAUACGCUGAUUCGAUAUUAUCUAUCUAUCUAUCUAUCUAUCUAUCUAUCUAUCUAUCUAUCUAUCUCUCUAUCUCUUGCAUCUCUCUCUCUCUCUCUCUCUCUCUCUCUGGAUCAGAUCAUUCAUUUAUAUUAUUUUACUUUUGGCUCUCUUACACUACAUCAACCACAGUUCUAUCACCAAUAUUCACUAUACAUAGAUGACGGUGAGAGGGACUAUCUAUCUAUCUAUCUAUCUAUCUAUCUAUCUAUCUAUCUAUCUAUCUAUCUAUCUGUCUGUCUAACUCCACUAAAUCGUCUAUUGAUAGGGAUGUAUCUCCAUCAACACAUCUAA